AUGAGUGAGGAAUCAGGCUACCAAGCGUUUAGCUUUGCUAAAGAAGAAUUGGCAGUACUUGAAAAAUGGAAAGAGUAUGAUGCCUUUAAUACAACAUUAGAAUUAACUAAAGAUUUACCACCAUUUGCAUUCUUUGAUGGUCCACCAUUUGCAACUGGUACACCACAUUAUGGACAUAUUUUAGCUUCAACUGUUAAAGAUAUUAUUCCAAGAUAUGCCACUAUGAAUGGUCAUCAUGUUGAAAGAAGAUUUGGUUGGGAUACUCAUGGUUUACCAGUUGAACAUGAAAUUGAUAAAAAAUUAGGUAUUACUUCAAAGGAAGAUGUUUAUGCAAUGGGUAUUGAAAAUUAUAAUAAUGAAUGUAGGUCCAUUGUUAUGAGAUAUGCUGAUGAAUGGCGUAGAACCAUUACAAGACUUGGUAGAUGGAUUGAUAUGGAUAAUGAUUAUAAAACUUUAUAUCCAGAAUUUAUGGAAUCAGUUUGGUGGGCUUUUAAACAAUUAUAUAAUAAAAAUUCUGUUUAUCGUGGUUUAAGAGUUAUGCCUUAUUCAACUGCUUGUACAACUCCUUUAUCUAAUUUUGAAGCUCAACAAAAUUAUAAAGAUGUUAAUGAUCCAGCAGUAACUAUUGCUUUCCCAUUAGUUGAUGAUGAAAAUACAAUUUUAGUUGCUUGGACAACAACUCCUUGGACUUUACCAGCAAAUAUUGCUUUAGCAGUUCAUCCAAAUUUUGAAUAUGUUAAAAUUUAUGAUGAAGAAAAGAAGAAAUAUUAUAUUUUAUUAGAAGGUUUAAUUUCAACUUUAUAUAAAAAACCAUCAGCUGUUAAAUAUAAAGUUGUUGAAAGAAUUUUAGGUAAAGAUUUAGAAGGUUUAAAAUAUGUUCCAAUAUUUGAUUAUUUUUAUGAAGAAUUUAAAGAUGUUGCAUUUAAAGUUGUUACAGCUGAUUAUGUUACAAAUGAUUCAGGUACUGGUAUUGUUCAUCAAGCUCCAUCUUAUGGUGAAGAAGAUUUUAAUGUUGCUAAAAAGCAUGGAUUAAUUACUGAAUUAAGAACUCCUCCUGAAGUGGUUGAUGAUACUGGUAAAAUGAAUAAUAAAGUUCCUGAUCUUAAAGGUCUUUAUUUUAAAGAUGCUGAUAAAGUUAUUAUUAAAAAUAUUAUUGCUAAAGGUAGAAUGUUAGUUAAUUCUCAAGCAAAACAUUCUUAUCCAUUUUGUUGGAGAUCUGAUACUCCAUUAAUGUAUAAGACUGUACCUGCUUGGUUUGUUCGUAUUGAAGAAAUUAUUCCUGAAAUGUUAGAAAAUGUUGAAAAGACUAAUUGGGUUCCUUCAAAUAUUAAAGAUAAAAGAUUUUCUAAUUGGAUUGCUAAUGCAAGAGAUUGGAAUAUUUCAAGAAAUCGUUAUUGGGGUACUCCAUUACCUUUAUGGGUAUCUGAUGAUUAUGAAGAAAUUGUUUGUGUUGGAUCAAUUGAUGAAUUAAAAGAAUUAUCUGGUGUUCAAGAUAUUACUGAUCUUCAUCGUGAAAGUAUUGAUUCAAUUACAAUUCCUUCAAAACAAGGUAAAGGUCAAUUAAAGAGAAUUGAAGAAGUUUUUGAUUGUUGGUUUGAAUCUGGUUCAAUGCCUUAUGCUUCAAAACAUUAUCCUUUUGAAAAUAAAGAUAAAUUUUUAGAUGCUUUCCCAGCUAAUUUUAUUUCUGAAGGUUUAGAUCAAACAAGAGGUUGGUUUUAUACUUUAACUGUUUUAGGUACUCAUUUAUUUAAAACUGCUCCUUAUCAAAAUGUUAUUGUUACAGGUAUUGUAUUAGCAGCUGAUGGUAAAAAGAUGUCAAAACGUUUAAAGAAUUAUCCUGAUCCAGGAAUUGUUUUAGAAAAAUAUGGAGCUGAUGCUUUAAGAUUAUAUUUAAUUAAUUCACCAGUUUUAAGAGCUGAAACUUUAAAAUUUCAAGAAGAAGGAGUUAGAGAAGUUGUUUCAUCAGUUUUAUCUCCAUGGUAUAAUUCUUAUAAAUUUUUAAAAGAUGCUGCUGAACUUUAUUUAAAGGAUAAUGGUAUUGAAUUUAAAUAUGAUUCAAAAGAAAUUUCAACUAAUGUUAUGGAUAGAUGGUUAUUAGCAUCAAUUCAAUCAUUAAUUCAAUUUAUUCAUCAAGAAAUGAAAGGUUAUAGAUUAUAUACUGUUGUACCAAAAUUAUUAGCAUUUAUUGAUGAUUUAACUAAUUGGUAUAUUCGUUUUAAUAGAAGAAGACUUAAAGGUUUUACAGAAAAUGGAUCUCAAGAUACUAAAAAGGCUCUUGAUACUUUAGCUGAAGCUUUAUUAACAAUUUCAAGAGCUAUGGCUCCAUUUACUCCAUUUUUAGCUGAAGGUAUUUAUCAAAGAUUAAGAGAAUAUUUCCAUCCUUCUGAUUUAGAAAAAUUUGCUCUUAAUAAACAAGUUAAAGAUACAAGAUCAAUUCAUUUCUUAACUUAUCCUGAAGUUAGACAAGAAUAUUUUGAUGAAGCUAUUGAACUUGCCGUAUCAAGAAUGCAAAAAGUUAUUGAUUUAGGUCGUAAUAUUAGAGAAAAGAAGACAAUUUCAUUUAAACAACCAUUAAAGGAAUUAGUUAUUUUACAUUCUGAUGAAAGUUAUUUAAAAGAUGUUGAAUCAUUAAAAGAUUAUAUUACUGAAGAAUUAAAUGUUAAAAAUAUUAUUAUUACAUCUGAUGAAGCAAAAUAUGGGGUUGAAUAUACUGCCGUAGCUGAUUGGCCAGUAUUAGGUAAGAAAUUAAAGAAAGAUGCUAAAAGAGUUAAGGCUGCUUUACCAAAUGUUUCAUCAAGUGAUGUACAAAAAUUUGCUGAAACUGGUAAAUUAACUGUUGAUGGUAUUGAUUUAAUUACUGAAGAUUUACAAGUUCAAAGAGGUCUUCCAGCUGAUAAAACGGCUGGAGGAUUUGAAUCAAGAUCUCAACAAGAUGUAUUAAUUCUUUUAGAUGUUAAUUUAUAUCCUGAAUUAGCUAAUGAAGGUUUAGCUAGAGAAUUAAUUAAUCGUAUUCAAAGAUUACGUAAAAAGGCAGGAUUAAAUACUACUGAUGAAAUUAAAGUAGAAUAUAAACUUGUUAAAGAUACAAUUAAUUUUAAAGAAUUACUUGAUGAAGAAAUCUUACUUAAAGCAACUAAGAGGCCAGUUACUGAAUUCUCUGAUGAUAAUGCAAAUGUUAUUAUUGAUGAAGAACAAUCAAUUAAUGAUACAAUCUUUAACUUGAGAUUAUUAAAGCUUUAG